UGAUCCCUGCCACAGGAUUACUGGCUUAAAUUCUUCUGGAAUCUUCCCACGAGAUGGAUCACACACUGAUCUUUCUUUGGGUGCUGCUACUUCCAGCCACAGCAUCUACAGUAUCUGGAGUAACCCCCAUGCCAAGUGAUCUUUUCUCAACAGCUGUAGCUGGAUGUGGCAGCACGUUUUCAGAUGCUACAGGCUCAUUUUUUGGCCCAUAUUAUACUGGAGGCAGUAGAACUGAAAAGUGUGUCUGGAGAAUUAACUCCCCUGAGCAUCAUCCAAUAAGAAUAAUCCUUAAUUAUAUAAACUUAGACUGUGCUACUGAAUAUAUUGCUGUCUAUCAGGGAGAGCCAGAGAGGUCAACUCUACUUGGGAAAAUAUGUGAAGGAGAAAAGACACUUUUCUCUUAUUCAGGCCAGCUGACCGUGGUACUAUACAGACAUUCCAAUAUAGAAGGUCAAGGCUUCAUUGCAUUUUAUGAUGUAGGAGAGGAUUUCACAACUCCAUUGCCAAGAGCUGACUUUACCACUCAUCCUGAAGAAACAAGUGGUGCCAUGGAAGAAAAUUCUCCAUCUACUCCAGCUCCAACUACUAUCAAAAGAACUAUCAAAACAACCACCAUACCAGAAGCCCAGGCUCCAUCUACUCCAGCUCCAUCUACUCCAGCUCCACCUGCUAUCGAAACAACUAUCAAAACAACCAUCACAUCAGAAGGAGCCCCUGGUGAAUCUGUAAGACUGGUCAAUGGAAAUAAUACCUGUGAGGGACGUGUUGAAAUCUUACGCAGUGGAUUGUGGGGGACCGUCUGUGAUGAUUACUGGGACCUAAAGGACGCAACUGUCGUGUGCAAGCAGCUCGGUUGUGGAAGUGCCAUCAAAGCAUAUGGAAGCGCUUACUUUGGUCAAGGCUCAGGAAACAUAACUCUGGAUGAUGUGAAUUGUAGAGGGAAUGAAAGCAGAUUGGAGGAAUGUUCUCAUAAAGGAUGGUAUCGUCAUAAUUGCAACCAUGGAGAAGAUGCUGGUGUUUCUUGCUCAGUAGGUCAUACUACAGCUACUACAGCUACUACAGGACCAGAAAUACCACCUAGGGAAUCUGUAAGACUGGUCAAUGGAAAAAAUAACUGUGAGGGACGUGUUGAAAUCUUACGUGGUGGAUUGUGGGGGACCGUCUGUGAUGAUUCCUGGGACCUAAAGGACGCAACUGUUGUGUGCAAGCAGCUCGGUUGUGGAAGCGCUAUCAAAGCAUAUGGAAGAGCUUACUUUGGUCAAGGCUCAGGAAACAUAACUCUGGAUGAUGUGAAUUGUAGAGGGAAUGAAAACAGAUUGGAAGAAUGUUCUCAUAAAGGAUGGUAUCGUCAUAAUUGCAACCAUGGAGAAGAUGCUGGUGUUUCUUGCUCAGGUUCUUCUACACCUGCUCCUCCGGUGACAGAGACCAUCCCUACAAAUCAAUGUGGAGGCCAACUGACAAAUGAUUAUGGAUCCUUCUCUGGACCUUAUUAUCCUGGAAACCACAGCAAUAUGACCUGUGUCUGGAAAAUUCAAGUUAGGCACUUGAAUCGCAUAAAUUUAAAGUUCUCUUCUAUAAACUUGGACUGUGAUAAAGAAUAUGUUGAGAUUUAUGAUGGACUCCGAUAUAGUUCAUAUCCACUUGGAAGAACUUGUUCUAGUGCCUAUCUCAACUAUACCUAUUCAUCAACUUCCAACAUAAUGACAAUAGUGCUGCAUAGAGAUUCAGGUGAUUCAGGAAAUGGGUUCUCUGCUUAUUACUACUCUAUUCCACAAGAACUGAGGCCUACUACACCAGCUUCUACUUCUAAAGAUACAAGACUUUUAUGUUCUGAUGGAUUCAUGCGUGCACGGAUUAGCAUAAGCUAUCUCAAUUCAAUCGGCUAUAAUGCAUCACAAGUUUACCUGAACUCCCUGGAUAGAUCAUGUAAAUCUCAAAUUGCAAGCGACUAUGUCUACUUUAUUAUACCAUUCUAUGGCUGUAACACAGAUAUAAGGGUGAAGAAUGACACAAUAACUUAUUACAAUGUAAUCAAGACACUCAACUCCGAUUAUAUUAUUACAAGAAAGAAAAACUUUCAAUUUCAUGUUUUGUGUGAAAUGAGGCAGAACACUAUUGUAGAAACAAUGUUUAUUGCCCAAAAUGCUAUUGACCUUACUGAAAGGCGUAUUGGCCAUUACAAUGUGUCUCUGGCAUUCUAUUCAUCAUUAUCCUUCACCCAUAAAAUUGUGGGAUCACCUUACUAUGUUUCACUCAACCAGAAUUUAUAUCUCCAAGCUACUCUGCACACUGCUGAUACAAAUAUUGUACUCUUCUUAGACACAUGUAUUGCAUCUCCAGAUAGUAAUGAUUUUAGAACCUUGACCUAUGACUUAAUCCGAAAUGGAUGCCCACGAGACUUUACUUAUAGAAGCCUGUCCUCUCCAGCAAACAAUAUAGUUCGUUUCCAGUUCAACUCCUUUAAGUUCCUUAACAAGCACAAUUCAGUUUACAUACAAUGUAAAUUGGUAGUGUGUAGAGCAGGUGAUCGUUCAUCUCGAUGCCACCAGGGAUGUUCAAUGAGAAGCAAGAGAAGCGUGGAUGAAUCUCAGGAGAAGGUUAAUGUUGUUGUGGGACCACUCAAACUUCUGAAGGAUGAAAAUGAAGUUGAAAAAUAGGGAUUUCCCCGCUCCCCUGCAAUUUAACUAUGUUUUCUGGUUAAAAUGAUGAAAGCUAGAUAGAUACCUUAACAAAAAGUAAUCAUACCCAUGUUACUCCAUGGAGAAAAUGUUUCAAAUCCACAGCUGAAUACUAUUCUUUAUACAAGCAACUAAAAGUGAAUGAGAUAUUAAAACAACUUUUUAAGAUCUUCAGAGCUCUUCAUCAGGCAAUAUUAGGGGAUGAGGGAAAGGAAAAUUAGUGAACAGCAUUUUACAUAGACAAGGUAUUUUCCUAAAUGGCUAUGCAAUUUGCUGACACAGUACAUCAUGAUAUAAACAAACUGUUUAAUUUUGUUAAGCACUUUAUACAAAAAUGCCAAAGUCCACUUGAGGUUUGUGUUCUUCAUGAUGAUUGUUAGCCUUAUGAAAAUAUUUGAGAGUCCAUCAAUAAUAUACUCUUAUUAAAACCAUUAGUUGUAUCUAAACAAUGUUACUAUCUGACACUAGAAAACAAUUUUUAAAACGUUCUUUGUAUGUUUUGUCAUUCUUAUUUUAUUAAAGUCUGACAUAGAAGAUAUACCAAUUUUAACAGUCAAUCUACACA